AUGGUCGUAUUCACUUCUGGAACCACCAACGACCCCAAAGGCGCUCGACUUUCUUACGGGAACCUGUGGACUGCGGCGCGUUGCGUGUGGGACGCGUUGGGGGUUUUGGAAGAAGAGGAAAAAGAAACAAAAGAAGAAACAAAAGAAGAAACAAAAAAAGAAAUAAAAGAAAUAAAAAAAGAAAUAAAAAAAGAAAUAAAAAAAGAAAAUAAAAAAGAAAAUAAAAAAGACUUUUUUCUUUUUCUUGUAAACCCUUUUCACCACAUCAACUCUUCCGUUUUCUUCGAAGCAGCUUUGCUGCGCUGCAGCAGCUCAGUGCAUCUUUUGAGCAGAUACCGCACCACCUAUUGGAAAGUGCUGUGCGUUGCUUGUAAAGAUGCUGCUGCUACUUCUGCUGCUGCUUCUGCUGCUGCUGCUGCUGCUGCUGCUGCUGCUCUUCCCCCGGCCACCGCAGCAGCAGCAGCCGGCGCCGCUGCUGCUGCAGCUGCUGCUCCUGAAGCUGCAGCAGCCGCCGCAGCAGCAGAAGCCCCACCAUCACCACCCACAGCAGCAGCAGCAGCAGCAGCAGCAGCAGCAGCAGCAGCAGCAGCAAGAAGCAGCAGGUGCCGCGUGGUGGCUCCGCUGGUGUCUCGCCACAUAGACUUUUUGUGGAACUUGCACUUGGAGGGAAAGUUGGAAAAAGAAAAUAUAAUAAAUGAAAUAAAAGAAAAAGAAAAAGAAAUAAAUUUAAUUCUGCUGCUCGGCUCCGCGCCUGUGGGGCCCUCCAGUGUUGCUUCGGUUCCACACUGGAUGUCAGAUGAGGAGCAGCUGGAAGCGAUGCGGCGGGGGUGGCAAGGAACAGCAGCAGCAGCAGCAGCAGCAGCAGCAAAAGGCACAACAGCAGCAGCAGCAGCAGCAGCAGCAGCAGCAGCAGCAGCAGCAGGGGAGUGUCAGACACGGGAAGGGACUUUGGAGACAUUUGAAGAGACAAAUGGAAGCAAAAAGAGCAGCAGCAGCAGCGGCCUUAGCGAAGCUGGAAAAGACGCAGAGGCAACUGCAGCAGCAGCAGCAGCAGCAGCAGCAGCAGCAGCAGCAGCAGCAGCAGCAGCAGCAGCAGCAGAAGGGCUGGGAGAACGGCAGUCCGAUGAAAAUGCAGCUGGAGAAGUGGAGAAUAAAGUUAAAAUGAUUAAUCAACUUCAAACAAACAAAGUGGAGAGUAAAGUUAAAAUGAUUAAUCAACUUCGAACAAAAAAACAAAAUGAAGAAAACAAAAUCGGAUUCUUCAUCGGCCGCCCGCACAAAGGGCUCACGGAAAUGCGACAAGACUGCGAAGAGGGGGAGUGCGGCUACCUGAUCUGCAGGGGGGGCAACGUAAUGCUGGGUUAUUUGAAGCCUUCGGAGUGCAGAAAAAAGAAAAUGGAGUUAAAAAAUGGAAAUAAAACCGAAAAUGAGGUUCAAAAAGGUGUAAUUACACCCGAAAAGUGGUACUUGGGCUUCGGAGAUGUCGGGUUUUUUCUGCAAAACGCCAAAGACGGCGGCCGGGACUUCUACUGGGUGACGCGCACUGCAGAUCUCCUCAUUAAAGGCGGAGUUAACUACUCUUGUUCGCAAAUUAAUUCCGUUUUGUUCGAAUUUUUGAUUAAAAGUUUCGACUUGCGCGAAAAAAUGCAAAAAAGAAUUCAAGUUGCUGCCGUCGGCGUCAAGUGGCGCAGCGAACACGACGACGACAACUGCGUCACCGUCGAAUUCGCAGACUCCGACUCCGAAAAUCCGGAAAAAGAAACGAAUUUUGAAUCCAAAAAAGGAAAUUCGGAAGUAGAAAAGGAAAUAGAAAAAGAAAAUGGAUCAAAACGCGAAAAAAAGACGAAAAAAGACCCCGAAAUGAGCCCGGAAACCGAAUUUCAAGAGCGGACGGAGUUCAAGUCGGGACGGGAAGAAGAGGAAGGGGAAUUAAAAGAUGAAUUGAAAGAUAAAAAAGAAUUAAAAAAUGAAAAAGAAAUUAAAAAUAAAAAAGAAAUUAAAAAUAAAAAAGAAUUAAAUCAAAAGGAAUUAAAAGAAGAAAAAGAAACGAAAAGAGGACUUGAAACGGAAAAGGGAAACGAAGUUGCACAGGAAAUGGAACUUCCGAAGCAGCAGCAGCAGCAGCAGCAGCAGCAGCAGCAGCAGCAGCAGCAAAAAGCCUCGGAUUUGAAUGGAAUGAAGGAAGAAUUGAAUGAAUUAAAUGAAUUUAAUGAAAUUAAAAAAGAAAUUAAAUUAAAAUUCCUCGAAAAAGCAAAAGAAAGCAAAGAAAUUCAAAAAGGAUUCAAACCCGACUUCGUCCGAUUUGCAAAAAUCCCCAGAACCUUCAAAGGCAGCGUUGACUUCAAAAAACUAAAAGAAGAAUUUUUAAUUCAUUUAAAUCAAAACGAAAUCAAAUCCAGAAGACAAAACUUCGUUUCAGAUGCAAUUGCAUGA